UUUCUCCGAUCUUAUCGCAUAAUGUUCCGCCCUCAAAGACUCACAGCUCGGCUGAAUCUGCGCUCAGUACGAUGGAAUUCAACUAGCAGCCCAUCUACGCCGCCUUUGAUGACCAAAAUCAGGACCGACCUUAAGGUUGCUAUGCGUGCCAAAGAUACAGCGAGGCUGAACGUUCUGCGCGCUAUCAUUUCCGAAACGAACAACUCCUUGAAGACCUCAUCCCCAAUCCAAACUGAUUUGCAACUUUUAUCAUUAAUCCGGAAACGUAUGACUGGCGCAAAAGAUGCGGCGCAACAAUUCGCUGAGGCCAACCGGCCCGACCUGAAAGAGUCCGAGGAAAAGAACGUCACAAUUUUGGAAGAGUAUGCGAACCAGGUGGAGACAAUAAGCCUAGAUGAUGUCAGGCAAAUUGUGGCGCAGGAGAUCUCGGUGUUGAAGGAGGCGGGCCAAAAGGUCGAGAUUGGGACGUUGCUAAAGUCAUUAUUUGCUCCGGGAGGUGCCUUGGAUGGCAAGCCAGCAGAGAGAUCAGAGGUCGCUAAGAUUGCCAAAGAGGCUGUUUCUGCUCUCUAAAAACGCUAACCGAGUGGUGUGUAUAUUAGCUACUGUAUAACUGUAAACCUACUUCACUCCAAUAGUCGCAUUGAGCCACGGUCAGGCUCCUUUUCACAAAAACAUGCGAAGAAGUCAGCCCUGAGCUUCGAGC